CCUCUCAUUAAACGAAGUGGAUGAGUCAGAUUGACAAGAUAUUUCACACUCCGUUUUCUUUUUCUUUUUUGAAAAGCAGUGUGUCGUAGUGAAUGAGGGAUCGUGUACCUUUUUUUCAUGACUACUUUACUUAUUGACAACUACGAUAGUUUUACUUACAACGUCUAUCAAUACCUGUGUUCUCAAGGUGCUGAUGUGGUUGUUUAUCGUAAUGACAAGAUUACGAUUGAAGAAAUCAAGCAAUUAGCACCUCGCAAUAUUGUUAUUUCACCUGGUCCUGGUCAUCCAGCUCACGAUGCUGGUAUUUCUCGUGAAGCCAUUGCUACUUUUGCAGGCAAGAUUCCUAUUCUUGGUAUCUGUAUGGGUCUACAAUGCAUGUUUGAAGUCUAUGGUGGUACUGUCUCUUAUGCUGGUACGAUCAUGCAUGGUAAAGCUUCCAGUAUCAAACAUGACAGUCGUGGUGUGUUUAAGGGUGUGCCUCAAAAUAACAUGGUCACUCGCUACCAUUCUUUAGCAGGCAUGCCUUCUACUAUCCCUGACGCAUUGGAAGUGACAGCUACAACAGACGAUGGGGUGAUCAUGGGUGUUCGCCAUAAAGAGUACACAGUCGAAGGUGUUCAAUUCCAUCCUGAAAGCAUCUUGUGUGAAAAUGGCCAUACAAUGAUCCUUAACUUUUUGAAUUUGCAAGGAGGUCGUUGGGAAGAGAAUCCUGGUGCCGGUGUAUUGCCUCAAAAACUGAGAGAAACACCCCCUAAGCCUGUGGAGACCACCACCAGUGAUGCACCUUCGAUCUUGACUCGUAUCUAUGCUCAACGUGUGAAGGAUGUUGAGGCAGCCAAAGAAAUUCCCGGCCAGACCAUGCAAGAUUUGGAAAAGCUGUUGCAACUUCAUGUGGCUCCUCCACUUCAAGAUGUUGUGGCUCGCAUCAAGCAACAAACACCUGCUCUUUUGGCUGAAGUCAAGCGUGCUUCUCCCUCAAAAGGUAGCAUUGACGCUACAGCCAAUGCUGCUGAACAAGCACUUCAAUACGCUUUGGCCGGUGCCAGUGUGGUCUCUGUCUUGACAGAGCCCAAAUGGUUCCGAGGCACCAUUCAUGACAUGCGUCAAGUCCGUGAAGCCAUCACACAUUUACCUAAUCGUCCCUGUGUGUUGCGCAAAGAUUUCGUUGUGGACUGCUAUCAAAUCUUGGAGGGUCGUCUUUAUGGUUGUGAUACUGUCUUGUUAAUUGUGGCCAUGUUGAGUGAUGAAGUCUUGCAUGAUUUGUACAACUAUUCAGUCUCAUUGGGCAUGGAACCUUUAGUGGAAGUGAACAAUGCAGAAGAAAUGGCGCGUGCGAAUGCCUUGGGUGCUAAAUUGAUUGGUGUAAAUAACCGCAACUUGCAUAGUUUUGACGUGGAUAUGGAGACCACUUCUCGAUUGGCUGAAAUGGUACCUGAGGGCACUAUUUUGUGUGCCUUAUCGGGCAUUACUGGUAGAGCUGAUGUCGAGAUGUAUGUCAAACAAGGGGUCCGUGGUGUGCUUGUGGGUGAAGCCUUAAUGCGUGCUUGGAAUCUGAAGGAAUUUGUGUCUGAUCUAUUAGGUUUUGAGAAAAAAGAUCCUGUGCCUGCUACAAAAGAAACAAAACAAUCCUUGGUCAAGAUUUGUGGUAUUUCCUCUGUGGAAGCUGCACAAGAAGCUGCCUCAGCAGGUGCUGAUUUGAUUGGCCUUAUCUUUGCUGAAAAAUCAAAACGCAAAGUAUCUUUGGACACAGCCAAACAAAUUGUUCAAACGGUUCGUUCAAUUGAUACACAACCUAUCAAGAAAACAACGCAUGAUGCCUCCUCUCAUGAAUGGUUUCAAAUCCACCGUCGUUUGUUAGAGAGUCGCCCUAGAAAGCCCUUGGUAGUGGGUGUCUUUGUGAACCAGACCAUUGAAUAUAUGACGCAAGUGGCUUUAGAAGUUGGCCUGGAUUUGAUUCAGUUGCACGGCACAGAAUCCGUUGAACUCGCACGUUAUUUACCUGUGCCUGUCAUCAAAGCCUUCCAUAUAGACAAUGCCUCAUUUAAGCCUGCUCAAAUGGCCAAUAUCACUCAACCUGGUAGUCACCACUAUGUCUUAUUGGAUGCCAAGGUCUCUAGUUUACCUGCAGAUCAACAAGGAGGACAAGGUAUCAAAUUUGACUGGUCCAUUGCCCAACAGAUUGUGAACCACAAGUCCUUUGCUUUCUUGAGUCAAGAUGACUUUCCUGUAAUUAUGGCAGGUGGAUUAGACCCUGCCAAUGUAGCCACUGCUAUUGCUCAAGUCAAGCCUUGGAUGGUCGAUGUUUCUUCUGGUGUAGAAACAAACGGUCUCAAAGAUCUCACAAAAAUCCGUGCUUUUGUAGAAGCUGUCAAAAACACACAUCAUUAG